AUGCUUGUAGCAGAAUAACAUCGUCAGUGGUCGGCCAUUAUUGUGAGAUAUAAAGUUGUUCCAUAUUUGUUAAGAUAAAAGUAUAUAAAAAUAUUAAUUGUUUGUGAUUUGAGUUUAUUGUAAAAAUGCAUACAAUACCAGAAUUAGGUACAAGCGUACCUGCCUUUCUUGCAAAACUUUGGAAACUGGUUGAAGAUCCUGAGACCGACGACCUUAUUUGUUGGUCACCUAAUGGACGAAGCUUUUUCAUUCGAAAUCAAGCACAAUUUGCCAGAGAAUUAUUACCACAUUACUAUAAACAUAAUAAUAUGGCUAGCUUUGUGCGGCAACUAAAUAUGUAUGGAUUUCAUAAGAAAGUUUCUGUAGAAUUAGGCGGUUUAAAAUGUGAUAGGGAUGAAAUGGAAUUUGCACAUCAAUUUUUUUGUAAAGGUCAUCCAUAUCUUGUUGAACAUAUUAAAAGAAAAAUUGCAUCAAGUAAAGGUCAAGAUCCAGCUCUUACACCUAUUAAACCAGAAUUAAUGAAUAAAAUGUUAACAGAAGUAAGAAGUAUGAGAGGUCGACAAGAACAUUUAGAUUCCAGAUUGGGUGCUAUGAAAAGAGAAAAUGAAGCAUUAUGGAGAGAGCUUGCAAUGCUUAGACAAAAACAUUUAAAACAGCAACAAAUUGUAAACAAGUUAAUUCAUUUCCUUGUCACACUAGUACAACCAUCAAGAAGUGGUGGACUUUCUGUUAAGAGACGGUAUCCAUUAAUGAUAGAUGAUUCUAAUCGUCAACGUAAUAAACAAAGUAAAAUUUCAAAGGCACAAACAUCUCCAACAGGACCUGUUAUUCAUGAACUUGAUUCUUCUGAACCAGAUUUAGACUCUCAAUACAUAGUUGCUGAAAUGUUAGAAAAUCAACAACAUCCAGCAAUAGAAAGUCCUGAACAUCCCAAUGAUACAUCAUUAGUAGAUGAUGACAGCAUGGAAACUAUACACUUAGUGGAUAAUGCGGUUCAUCUUCAAAGCGAUGAUAUUAGCUUGGUUAAAUCACAAGAGAUAGAUGCAAAGAAGAAACGACCCUGUAAGGGUAAAAAAAAGAGGAAAAACAAGGUGCCUGUCAAAAUUUUGAUCCCAUCAACGGAGAAUGGACAAGAGUCAAGGGAAGAAACACAUUUGCUCGAAAUACCCAUUGAGGACUCUUCUGUGACGAUUGCCUUAUUGGAGAAUAAUUCAAUCACUUCUAAACCAAUACCAGUGGCGACUGUUCGUAGUUCCAAGUUAGCAGCUAUGGCUGCUAACAUGAGUAAAUCCAAUGAAGUUGAGCCUGAUGUUGAUAUUGAACCUUCAACUGAAGUAGACGACGAUAUUCAAGAAACUGACUCUUCUCUGGUGAAACUUGAAGACAUAUUAAUUGUUCCCGAAAUUAUCAAUAAUAACAAUAUGGAGAAUGAUGAAAACGGAGAGAAUAGCAAUAACAGUUCCCAUAGUCAAUCUGCAAGGCUUAAUAACGAUUUUAUAAAUGUUAAUCACGAGGAAAAUAUCAUAGAUGAAGAUAAUCAGAUUGUUGCAGAUAAAAGUGAAGCAUCAAAUUUGUCGGAGCAACAAAAAUAUGGCUGCAAUAAACCAGACAGAAGUGAUUCAGUAGACUUAUCUUUGAGUUGCGUCAAUUCUUCAGGCGUACCUGAUGCUAAUUACAGGUUAGGAACAAUGGAGGAAAUGGAUAAUCAUCUUGAAUCAAUGCAGACGGAAUUGGACAAUCUUCGAGAUAUCCUACGUGGUGAAGGAUAUAGUAUUGAUGCUAAUACACUUCUUGGGGUAAAUACACUUUUUGGGUUAUUUGGUGCAGAGGAUACUUCAAUGUCAUUUGGUAUAUCCGUUAAUUCAGAUUUGGAUACACAUUGUGAUAAAGAAGACGACGAUCAAUCUACAGUUGCUGACUCCAUAAGUGGAAAUGGUGGGGGAGAAUUAAUGGCAUAUAAUCCUGCACCUAGUUUAUUAGAUUUCGAUGACGACAUAUUUUUGGGUGCUACUACAUCAUCUCCAAUUACAAAUUCAGCAAAUGAUGUGUCUUCAAAUAAUCCAUAUACUUCAGAUCCUCUUGAUUUAGAAGAUAACAAAACUUCACUUCUUGAAUCUUAUGUAGGAAGCAAUGAAAAUAAUAAUUCGUAAAAUCUCCUUAAGCUUUCGAGGAAAGGCUACUGGAUUCUUAAUUACCUAAUUGGUAAUACCAUCAUUUUAGUUUUAUUUAAUAUAACAAAAAUUACCAUAAAAACAGCAGCAGACUUUUAAUGUCAGAUGUAAAACAUAAAUAAUAUUAAUGAAAAAUUAGUUUUCUUUCCUUUUUUUUUUUUUUUUUUCUUGCAGUAGAAAAUAGACCGUAAUACAUCAAAUAAAUAACAUUGGUUUGAGCUAUACGUUAAUAUUGAAACUCAUCAAACGAAAAAAAAUAUUAAUUUUAGUAUAUAGUUUUACCAAUUUUAGUAAAAAUAUAUGUAUCACAGAUACUAUAAGUUAUUUUCACAAAUACUUUUUUUGUACAUAAAUGUAGAAGUAACAUCAAUAACAAAGUGUGAAGCAAGUUUUAUGCAAUGUAGUAGGUGCAUCAAAGCGCAACCUUCUUUUAUAUAACGUAUCUGAGAGAUAUGCUGUUAGAAUUAAAAAUUCAAAUGGCGUGAUAUAUGUAUGGACAUGUUAAAAAAGAUAUGUUAUGUCAUUAUAUUAUAUUUUUUGCAUAAUUGUUGAUUAGAUUAUUAUAAUAAUAUUAAAAAAAAUGUAUAAAGUGAUAGUGUUUGAGAACUAAGAUUUCAGCGUUCGAUUUUCAUACGAUUUCUUCGCUAUCACACGUGCUUUAAAUUUAUUAUUAAUAAACGUGAUCUUUUUUAAAUCAGGUAUAUUACGCAUAUUAUUUUAAAUUCGUAUAUAUCUUUAUAUAUCACAAAAUUAAAAAAUUAUUUUUUUCUUAUUUAAUUUAUUUAAUAUAAAAUCAUUUAAUGAAGAUUGAUUAACAACGUUUCCAGAUUCGAUGUGUAAUUAUCUUAAAACACUGAAAUCUUAAGUUUAUAAUUAAUUACUAUAAAAUAGUGAUUUCUGAGUUUGUUUCGAAGAAAUAUUAUAAUAAUUAUAUUGUGAAAAUUAUUUAACAUAUGUUAUUCUAAUUUGCAGGUAAUUAUUUUUUUACUGACAAAGCUACUUCUGCUAUUAAUAUAAAAUAUAUCGACAUUUGUACGAUUUCAUAUGCAACCAACAAUUAACGAUAUAAUUUUCUUUUUUUUUUUUUCUUUUUAACAUUUUAUAUAAAAAAAAAAGUUACAACAUAUUCCUUUUAAGUUAUCUUAUUAUAGUAUUUUUGAUUCAAUUAUAAAGAUGUAUUUUCUAUCAUAAUACGAAUUAUGAUAUGUUAUUACUUAUUAACAUACAAUUUUAAUUUAGUUUAUUCCGAGUUUAAAUAGACACUAUACAAUACAGAUUAUGAUAUUGAAAAUGGUUCGUCUAUGAGGAAUUAGUUGACUAUCUUCUAAAAUAAUAAAAAUAAAAUAGGAGGAUGUUUUAUAAGCUGUGUAUAAUGACAUCUAUUUCUAUUUAAUAAUAAUAACAAUGUAAUUUUUUAAUCAGAAUACGGAAUAUGUCUUUAUAACUAAA